AUGUAUUUUCAAGGUGGCGAUUCCUAUUAUGAUCAACAGACGCAAGAAAACGGUCGCAGGACACACCAAGUAAGGUCUGAUAAAAUAACUCAGAAUAAAAAUCUGGAUGACUCCUUCAAUGAUGAUGAUGAAGCCUAUGGCAAGAAAGUCCAAGCCCAAAUGGACAAGGAUGUCAGGUAUAGACAGGAUUUAAAACAGCAGUGCGAAGAAAAUGUGCAGAGGUCUCAACAUCGAUAUGAGGAAUCGCAUGUCGAGAUGAGAAGUAUGCAAGAAGUCCAAAGAGAGACAGUGGAGGAGUAUCAAAGAGAAUGCCAAGAUCAAUAUAAUGAAACGCAAAAGCUCCACAAAGAUAUAGAGGCAUUUAAGAAAGACUGCAAUGAUUAUAAGGAUAUGCAAAGAGCAUUGAUUGAUUUGGAGGAGAACCGUAUUGAUGGGCAGAGUCAUGAAAUCUCGGACAGAGAUUUAGUUGUUCAGCAAGAGAGGGACAGGAAACUGAAGGAAAAACAGGAUUUAAAUGAAAAAAUGUGCUCUGAAAUGAUGGCUGAUGAGGUUGAUCGCCAGCAGCAAGAAGACAUGGUGGAAAUAAAACAUGAGACAGAAGAACGCGAAAAAGUAAGGCGUGAAGACAUGAAAGUUCAGGAGAAGCAUGAAGAAGACAGAAGGGAGUUGAGGCAGGGGCUUCUCACUCAGAUUGAAGAGAACAAGCAGUCUGUUAGAGAUGAGAAACAGAGGGAGGUUCUGUACAGAGACCAGGCCUGCGCUAUAAUGGAAUUGGAAGACGAAAGGGAGAAAGAGAGAGCCCGAAAGAAGAAAGAAGCAGACGACCAGUAUUACGCAGAUCUAAGACAGCAGAUUGCGGACAACGCUGUGCGCAGGCAAAAAGAGAAAGAGUUGGACGCGAUGUAA